AUGAUGUGGGCUAAAGGAAUAUUUAUGAUACUUUUUUACACUCUAUAUACUGCUGUGGUCGUUGAGAGUAACCGCAAUGAUACCCGCUGCUUUCAAUUCACAUGGCUCGGGCCCCGGUACGAUAACCAGAGCGUUUUCAUGAAUGCAACGUGCAACGAUGCCACUAAACUGGCCGACGGCAUACCAUGCUUCCAGCCUUUAGUGGUUUCAGAUGAUGGGACGUGGCCUGAUAUUACAUACAUCUGGACCCACCACCUAGAAGCUACCACGUGUCUUCUAAGCCAAAAUGACGUGUGUGCACAAUACACGUAUUAUUUUAACGGACAUCCUGAAAACUCAACAUACAUGUGUACAAGAGCAAUAGAUCACAAUAACACAGCAAUCACAAGCGGAUGUUACGAGCAGACCUCUGGAAGUUAUCGGACUAGAGCAUGCUUCUGUCGAUCCAUACCCGGGGGAGUUCCGUGCAACAAGAGUUACGCUACUGAGCCUCUUUUCUUUACAGCUUUGCUUUUAUCUUUAAUUGCCUUAUUUCUUCAAAAUCGAAAUCAAUAA